CAAAUGAGAUAGUUGUUCACAGUAUCUGUUCCUCUUGGUUUUUUCCACUCCACUCGAGCCCACACGCGCAGCUCUCCACCUCCACUAUUAGAGCCCAAUACUCCUCGUCCUGUUCGACUUCUGUUUAGAAUAAAAUUCGAAGAAGAAGCAUGGAAGCUGAUGUUUUGAUUGAUAGAGGAAUCUGGCAGAGAAACUCCUUUUUAUUGUUAAUAAUCUUGAUAUCCUUUAUCUUUCGUGGUUUCGAUUAGUUGAUUUCAUCAGGGAUUGGAGGGUUUUGAGAAUUGAGUGAGCUGAUUUUUGGGUUUGGAUUUUGGGGUUUUUUUAUUGGUUUUGAAUUUUUGGUUCUUUAUUUGCGUCAUGGUAUCGAUCGAGAUGGGUUUUGGAGGUUUUAGGAAGGAAGAGUAUGUAGGGGAACUGCUGUCUUUUCUUGUGGUAUUGUACAUUAUUCCUUGGUUACUGGCUUCCACGGCGACGGCGAAUGUGGUGUUGGUUGCAAACAAUUUAACUAUGUCCUUUGAAGACAUUGAAGCUAACUUCGCUCCGGCGAUUAAAGGAUCAGGCGAGUGUGGAAAAUUAUAUGUGGCAGAUCCUAUUGAUGCAUGCUUGCCCUUGACAAAUGAAAUGGAUACAGAAGAAGGUGCAAGGCCGCCAUUCGUGUUGAUCAUCAGGGGUGGAUGUACCUUCGAGGACAAAGUUAGAAGGGCACAAAAUGCAGGGUUCAAAGCAGCUAUUGUAUAUGACAAUGAAGAUAAUGGUGCCUUGAUUGCAAUGGCAGGAAGUGCAGUAGGUAUUAAAAUACAUUCUAUAUUUAUCUCCAAAGCUGCGGUGGCAGGAAGUUCAGUAGGUAUUAAAAUACAUUCUAUAUUCAUCUCCAAAGCUGCGGGUGAUAUACUAAAGCAGUAUGUUGGCUGUCCUAACAUGGAGCUGUGGAUUCUUCCAACAUUUGAAAAUUCUGCCUGGUCUAUCAUGGUCAUCUCAUUUGUUUCUCUACUGGCCCUGUCUAUUGUGCUGGGUACUUGUUUCUACAUUCGCAGACACCAUCUGAGACGAGAACAUCCUCAAACUCCUCAUGUUAGGGAGUUCCAUGGCAUGAGCAGUCGUUUAGUGAAAGCAAUGCCAAGCCUCAUAUUCACAACAGUUUUAGAAGAUAACUGUACUUCAAGUACUUGUGCCAUAUGCCUUGAAGACUACACAGUGGGCGAGAAACUCAGAGUGCUACCAUGCCGUCAUAAGUUCCAUGCCUUCUGUGUUGAUGCUUGGCUUACCACAUGGAGAACGUUUUGCCCAGUUUGCAAGAGAGAUGCUAGGACAAGCUCUGGUGAUCCUCCAGCUUCUGAGUGCACUCCAUUGCUUCCAUCAAGGUCAGGUUCUGUUGCAUCCUCUUCUGGAUUGUCAUCUGCCAGAUCGUCAUUCGCAGCAUCAUCAGCCAUAAGAAUAGCUCCAUCAUCAUCACGACCGCCAUCUUCCAGAUCGUCGUUCACAACAUCUUCAGCCAUACGAAUAGCUCCACCAUCAUCACGAUCACCAUCUGUCUCUCGUACUCAUACCCUCUCCACCACUCCCUAUGUACAACAGUCUUUUAGAUCUUAUAGCAACUCUCCCUCUCCUGCCCUCUAUUUAAGCAGCUCAAGAGACCUCAGGAAUGCGUCUUCUCAAAGAUCUCAUGCCUCCCACCUAGUUUCACCACACUCCUUGGGCUACCCUUCUUUAUCACCUCUUAACUCGAGAUACAUAUCACCCUAUAUUCCAAGUUCAAGCAAUGCCUCACCAAGUUAUAUUGGGUCAUCCAGCCACCAACAGUAUCUGCGGCGUUGUAGUGAGUCAGCAGCAAGCUUUUCUCCUUUUGCAUCUGCUCAAUCUCUUCCGGGUUGUUGAAUCCAUGGCAUCAUGAAGAGUAGUGGGUGGAUAUGGCAAAUACUUUAUGAAGAGUCAUUGCUAAUGUUUUAAGCAGAUUGACGAGUUGCGGAUGCUACCCAGAUCCCUUCAACUUCUACCAGAAACCUUUGGGGCGAAACGUCAUGUGUGUGCUCUGAUUUGACUGGUUGAUGACUUUGCGGUAAACUUUCUUGUUCAUUGGGUGAUUGCUGAUUGGUGGCUUUCUGAUGCAGCAAUAGGGCUACACCAUAUGUACACUGUAACAUAAGAUCAGGUUUUCUGGUAUUCUGCGGGUAUUCUAGUCCCAAGUGACUGCUCUCGAAUUCUUACUGAUCUUAAGCUAUUUUGUUCAUGCCUAUUGUUCUUACAUUGAUUCUUCUUUUUUCCCGACUUCCUGUGAAAUGAUGGUGCGAUUUCAUACCAACCUUCAGUUGUGCUAUGUUAGUCUUUUGUAUAUGUUGGUACAAUAUCAGACUCAUGAUACAGAUUUCGACAUCUACAGGAUAAAAGUGUUCUGUAGUCUUUUUUGGUUUAAUUGUGUGAAUAUGAAUCAUUGAAGUUAGUGAACA